AUGUCAGCGAGUGGGUUUGCACGUGACUUGGAUCUCGAGUUCCGGAACAAGCUCAUCCAUGCCAUGGCUGCCGUGCCCUCCGCUCGUGCCUACAUGGCCUAUGGGUGCUAUGAUGACAUGCAGAGGUGGGGACCAACGCCAAACAAGGCAACCUACUAUGGGCUCAUGGCAGUGUGUGCCAGGGAUGGCGAUGCAGCACGGGCGAUGGCACUGAGGAGGGAAAUGGAGCAUGAGGGCCUGGAGGUGACAACAGCUGUGUAUUGCACGCUGAUCAGCGAACAGUGCAAGGCAGGAGAGUGGGAGGCACCUGUGAAGGCUUUCAGAGAGAUGCGGGCCAAGGCGAGGGGAGGGAUAGAGGUAAGCCUUUCAGGCCAUUAG